GCUAGGUAGCUACCAUGGAGAGGAAGGCGGUGUGCAUCUCUCUUGUCAUCUUCGCGCUCGUAUUGUUCGCUGGCCCGGACCCAGUGGCCGCGGCGGUCUACAGCGUGGGCGAGGUGGUGAUGCCAAUGUCACCGUCCUUGAGGCUGGAGGACAGCGUGUCGCCGGAGCUCGGGGUGGACCUGGACGUGCACCACCGCGUCUUCGGCGACGUCGGCAAGGGAGCCCUGGACCCCAACAAGUCAGCCUGCAAGCCGAAGUGCGCCGGGGACGGACAGCCGUACACCGGCCGGGGAUGCCAAGCCAUUUACGGUUGCGUCCCUAAAUAAUCUGAAUGAAUAGGCCUGCACUACCGGCGUCAAUGCAACCUCAUUGGGCCGUGUUCGGUUGCCAGGGAAUUGAAAGGGAUGUAGUGAUAUAUGCCUUGAUGGCCGUGUUAUUGUUGGUGGUGAUUUUUCUACUGAUCAAUGUGCUUCAAUGGCCCAAGAAGCUCUUGUCCAGGGGUGUACCCAAGUUGAGCUACCCGGGUGCACAGAACACCGGGUGCAAAAUGCUUUCUUUGUAAGUUUCAUGCAAAAUAUAGAGUGUGACACCCCAUCUUUAGAUGAAAAUAUGAAUGAUCAUAUGCUA